UACUCCAGUUAAUUUCAAAAUUAUGAGUCCAUAAAAAUUUUCAGUUUCACAAUUAGUCAAACCCCCCCCCAAAUUCCUGCACAACUUGCAAUAGCAUGUGUAAUGUCAAUUUUUCUUUAUUUGCGCUGAUUUGGUUUACUGGACGGUUGUGUGGUUACGGAACAGUGCAGGACCACGUGGAAGGCAAAGGAAAAGGUUAUAAUAACGAGAGUAAUCGAAGUACUUCUACGGCAGUAAAUAUAGCAUUUACAGUUAAUAAAUCUGUGAAUAGUGAGUAUAUUCUUACAGAUUUGGAUGUCACCUUUGAUAAUACGUCUAGCACGCCAUUUGUUUUGCAGGAAGGUCUUAAUUUAAACAGAACGGCAAAUGAUACAGAAUUCAGUAUUGGAGUUUUAAAUGAUAAUGAACACAAAAAUAUUCAUUACAGUAAUGUUUCCUUGAACGGCUCUGCUAGUCAGAGCGAUGGUUUCUUUACGCCGUUCUUUCCGCGAAACCGAGCAGACGCGUUUAAUGUGUCCAGUCCCACGGAGAGUCCGUACUCCGUGUUACUUGUGUCGCUGUUCGGUGCACAGAAGGAAAUCAUGGGUUUGUGUACAGGAUCCUUGCUGACUGCGGAGUGGGUACUCUCUGCCGCUCACUGUAUCACCAGCAGGCAGCCUAAAAUUACCGGUGUCAAAGUUUACGCUGGAGGGUACUCGUUCCAGGAAGUGAUAGACGAGAAGCCGGCAUCUGGGUCUCAGACUUUGAUGAGUGACGAGUUCUACCCGCAUCCCAAGUACAGGAGCGGCGUCAGCGAUUACGACAUCAGCGUCAUAAAAACUGAGAAAAAAUUCAAACUGACGAAGACUGUGAACACGGUAAAACUGUCGCCACGACCGUGGACUUACCACAGCUACUUCGAGUGCGAGUUCACGGGGUUCGGGAGAGUACAGAUCGGCGAAACGAACGCAGAUGAUAAGGUGAGGAAGACGCACAUUCUCGCGGUGAAGAAUCCUUGUCUUUGCUCCUUCAGAAUGAAAGCGGCCUUCGGUCCUUCGGCGGUGUCGAGGUACUUGUGUACGAAGCCCGAGGCGGACGUCGGCGUGUGUUCCGGUGACUCAGGAGGAGGACUGCUCUGUGAUGGCGAGGUCAAGGCUGUGGCGAUGCAGCUGGUGCAGUUGGAGAACAUCAAGACCUGUGAUGUUGGGCGGAUAGGUAAAUUGCAGUGUGGCUCUCCAAGGGUAUUCAGCAUUUUCCAAGACACGUGCCCCUUUGUAAGAUGGAUCAACUCGUACGUUAAAUUACUAAACAACUCCGAUAUAUCACCAAACUGUGUAGAACCUAAAGGCCACUGUGGGUGCAUAACAUAUAAUUUACCAACUCUAGUAUCUGUACUGAUAAUACAGUUCAUUUUUCUUUAAUAAAGAUUGUUUUGUGAAUGUC